UUCGGGUUCAAAGUCAACUCACUCACUUAGUCGCUGGGAAAAGUAAAAGUCCAGUCCCAGUCGCAGUCCCAGACUUUUGCUUUUGCCAUGUUGCUAUUAUUACCUUUAUGGCCGCUCGCAAAUAUUUCACCUUGCCCAACUAUUUGCGACGGGCUUUGACGUUAUGGCCCCAAUUAGAUGCAGGCAGGCACGUAACAUUGGCUAAUUGGACUGGACUGGACUGAAGUGGCCAGCAGCAGGAAUACCCACAGAUACUCGUAUCAUGCGUAUGAACAGCAGUUGACAUUCAGCCGAGUCGAGUGGCGAAUGGAGUGGGGAUAUCGUUGGGUAAAUGGCGUUCAAAUUGAACCCACCGCAAAGCUGUGCAUCUUCAUCAUACCGAUCAUGGUGAUGGGGUAUAUAAGCUAUGGUAACAGGGUCACCAAGUGGCAUAUAAUAAGUAUUACUUGUGCUUGUUUAAAUACUAGUUUAGAUGCAGUGCAGUAACUAUUUUAUAACAAGCUUGAAAAAGAGGUUUUUGAUAAAGUUAUUUCCUGUUCCACAUCCUUAAUUAGUUGUUUCCUCAUGCAUUAAUUGCAUUAAUUAAAUUUUUGGGUUUUAAAAGGGGUGAUAUACAGUUCCAUUUCCAUUUUAGUUUCGAAAACCUAUGACAACUAUUAGGGAUCUCUUUCAGCGUAUGCCAUAAUCAGUAAGAUUCCCAGAGCCACCGACUUUCCUAGCCUUCCCAGGCAUCUUCAUGUACCUCGACUCUCCGUGGCCCGUUUCUAUCUUGGGGGACUUGCAGUCCGUGUUGCCUUAUAACUAGUUUUCUGGCCUGGCUGGUCUGGUCUCUUGCAUAACUGGUCGCUGGGCUGCCGAUGCCGAUGCCGAUGCCGAUGACGAUCGGAUGAUGCUGCCUUCUUUGGAUGCAAUUUGGCGGCAUCUUCGCGGCAAAGCGAAAAGCAUCCAGCCAGUUGUUCUCCUAGUCCUGGCUGUGGCCACUGGCCUGUGGGCCAGCGUGGAGGGAGCGGCCACCGGAGCACCCUCGGCCACGGCCACCACCGCCAAGCCCAAGGGAUUUGAACCCCGCUCUCUGGACGUCAACUCCAGUGGGGGCGAGGAGGAGCUCGAUGACUUUGAGACACAGGCCCAGACCCAUCUGGCCUACCGUCAGCAGCCACAGCAUCAGCAGCAGCGUCAGCUGUACGAGUACAGCGAGGAGGAUCAGGAGGAGGCACCGCGUCAGGUGUACGUCAAUCGGAAUGCCAAGCAGCAGAGCAACUUCCUCAAGAUCCAGGGACAGCUGAAGAAGCCCCUCAGCGAGGAGAGCGAAGAGGAGGAGGAAGAGGUCGAAGAGCCGGACCGUCUCUCCACGCUGCUGAGCAAGUCCUCCUUCAGCUGCACGGACAGGAACUCCGGAUACUACGCCGAUGAAUCGCUGAGCUGCGAGGUGUUCCACUACUGCCAGGAUAGCCAGAAGCACUCAUGGAUCUGCCCCGAGGGCUUCACCUUCCACCAGAUCCAUUUGAUCUGCAUGCCGCCCUCGCACGACAACAUCUGCAAGCAGUCCUCCAAGUAUCACAUUGUCAACGACUACCUGUACAAGCCAAUCAAUCUGCAGGAGCACCAGAGCAAGCCCAAUGUAACGCUGCGCUACUCGGAACGCUACUUCCCGGAGAACUACUACGAGCACGAGCGCUACGACGACGAGGAGGAGGAGGAGCUGCCCGCCCCAAGGCCACGCAUCCAGCACCAACAGCAGCAGCAGCAGCAGCACCAUCACCAACAUCAGCAGCAACCUCAGCAACAUCGCCAGGCUGUGACCUACCAACAGCCCCAGCAACAGCAGCCCCAGCAGGUUAGGGUACAGUACCAGCAACCUCAGCACCAGCACCAGCAACAGGCACAGCCUCAGCCACAAGUGGUCACCCAGAUCCGACACCAGCCGCAACCUCAGCCAACUACCCUGGCCUACCGGAAGCCAUUGCCAGCGACCACAGUCCAGCCGCAGCUGCAGUUGCAUCAACUGCACCAGCCGCAGUUGCAGCUGCAUCAGCAAAGGCCACAGACGUUGGCGCCGACCGUGACGCCGGCGCCGUAUCGCUUCUUCACCGCCGCUCCCCAGCUGCAGCACCUCCAGCCGCAGCAGCAGCACCCACAUCAGCAGGUCUUCCGCACUCCCGAGGAGAUAAAUAUUUCAUUGCAGCAGCGACGGCCGCAGGUGUUCAUUGCCACAACGCCGAGGUACUACGAGGACGAGUACCUCUACGAGCGGCGGAAGUGAAGGGGACUGCGGCGUCCGGAGUGAGCAGAAAACAGUCUUGUCGUUCCCUCGGAUCCGAUCCACCUCUCGUGUACAUUCCCCUCCCCUUCCGUCUAAGUAUGUAGCUUUAAGCUCUCGCUCUCUCCCAGCUCUGUCUCGGUCAGGCCCGAAAAUCCAUGCGCGAGUUUUGUGUACCUAUUUGUAAUAUUUAAUGUCCUGCUAGAAGAAUCCGCCUUCUAACUCAAUUCGUUAAUAAAGGAAGCCACAUUAAGUUA